CUGGUUCCACUUGUGACUGGAUCCCGCCUCAGGGUUUCCAUCCCUCUCUGGACUCGAACUGGGAGAAUAAAAAUGCGUCCACGUUCCCAGACUGGCUGAUGGAGCAGCGACGGAUCCUGCUGCUGCUGCUCCAGCUGAUGCCGCUGCUUCUCGGACGAGGAGUCGGCCUGGGUCGGGUGCGGAAGAAAGCCGCCCGGUCGCGCUCGUGUCAGGAUCUCUCCGAGGACGUUCUGGAGCAGAUGUUUGGGCGACUUUCUGCGGGAGUCCUGAGCGCUUUCCACCACGCCCUGGAGCUGGAGCCGCUGGAGAGAGUCAACCGCAGCUGCCCGAGCGGCGCCCGGAGCCCGGCCCGCAGCAAGAGCCGACCCCCGGCCAACAUGCUCAGCGUCUCCCCCUGGGCCUACAGGCUCUCCUAUGACCCGGCCCGGUACCCCCAUUACAUCCCAGAGGCCUACUGUCUGUGUAAGGGCUGCCUGCUGGGCCCCUAUGGGGAGGAGAGCUUCCAGCACCGCAGCACACCUGUUUACUCUCCCACCGUCAUCCUGAGGAGGAGCGGCACCUGUGUGGGCGGCCGCCACAUCUACAAGGAGGUCUACGUGUCGGUGGCCGUAGGGUGCACGUGUGUUCCCCUGCUGGAGAAGGAGCGAGACGGACAGAGCAGCAACCAGAGUGUGGAGCGGACCGGGUCCAAAACUGGGGAGCUGGACAAACCUGACAGAUACCUGUCCACCUCAGUGAAAGACCCGGUCGCGGCAAAAAGGCGGCAGGUCAGACCAUAAGUCUGAGCGAAAACAGCACUUCAGAAGCCCUUUUUUUUCUGGAGGCUGACGCACAAAUGUGGAGAAUAUUUAAAUAAAAUGCUGAAGCAAACGUCAGUCCUGAGUUAGAAAACCGUUCAUGGCGUGCAUGACACUUCUGCAACAGCACCGCCACCUUUUGGUGAAAGGCUCAACAUUCACAUCGCCUUAAUUCAAUACAAUAUUUUGAGAACAGGUCCAUGAAGGAAGCCGCAAAGUUGGAGCCGGAGGUGUGGAAUACUUUAAGUUCUUUUUUGCACACAGCCAAAUGUGUACAGUUACAUUGUAGGGUCUUGAUAUUCUGACAUAAUGACAUGCAAGAGUCUUUAAUUCAACGCAGCUGGUACACAAUGCGGCCUUAAAAUGUGAACUAAAACGUUCAUCUGAAAAAUGCAUCUGUUGCGGCUGGUCUGCAAUGGCUGAGUGUAGUUUCCCCUCCAACCUGUUAGAGUGCUAGUGAGCUCAGCACGACAAGAGUCGGGAUGGGUAGUUGACGAAACAGCGAAACUCAUUGGACAAGUUCCUGCUGUGCUGCGGCAGGAAGCUGCACAUUUUUAAAUCCAGCAGCUCUUUGGCUAGAUUCUCCAUGAUGGCUCCUGCAGGACACAGAUAAUCCAGAGAUCAGAGGAAGAAAUAAUCCAGAUACCAGAGAUCAAAGGCAAUUUCUCACUGAAGACAUAAUCUAGAUAUGAGAUGAAAAUAUUGUAGCUUCUGGAAUAAGGGUGGAAUAAACUCACACCAGAUUAAAAAUAAUCCACAACUAAAGCAGAUAAUGGCACAAAUACUUGAUUUGAAGAUGGAAAUGUACUCAUACUACAUCAGGAAAUAAUUCAGAAACUAGAUGAAGAAAUAAUCAGAAACUGAAAUUCAAAAUACAUCCUGAUACAAUAUGCAUGAAUCGAUUAUAAAUCAGGAGAUAAUCCAGACACCAACAGGAGGAAUGGAUGCUAGUCACAGAAUAUCCAACAGACUUAGUGAUGAUCCAGACCAGUGUGUGGCUCUCACCAGUGCACAGCAGAACUUUGCCUUUGCUCAGGUACUUGACGGUCUGGGCCACCUUGGUCAGACACUCCUGUGACAGGUACGGCGGGUCGGCCAGCACAAUGUCGAAGCUCCGAGGGGUCACGGAGGUCGGGAGGUUCAGCGGCUCGUUGUAGUCGUAGAAGACGAAGUCCUGACCGUAGCAGGAGAAGCGGCGGUCGUACUCCAACACCACGGCAGACACGGAGUCCGAGCCACUGACCACUUCCUGCUUUAGCUUCUGAUACACACUGGGCGCACUGACACAAGCGAUCCUGAGGAUGCAGUUGACACAAGGCCGUCACUGGUGAGCAGAGACUAGAACUGUGACAUGGAGACACCCACGUUCAGGGGUCACUUCACAUCAGAGGGAGGCAACGUGAGGGAAAACAUUCAUAUGGAAUGAAAUGUUUACAGUCAAUGACGGAGAUCCAAAUUUGAUUCUUUGUUAAGCAAGUUCAUAUAAAAAUACAGUGGUACCUCGGUUCUCGACCACAAUCCGUUCCAAAUGGCCGUUUGAGAAGCGAUUUGUUUGAAAUCUGAAUCGAUUUCUCCCAUUACAAUGAAUGGAAAAAGAAAGAAUGCGUUCCAAGCCUUAAAAUAGUCUUUUGUAGGAGUGAAUGUGGAGUGUCUGCUGCAGGUGCGCUGUUCCUCUAUGUGUGUGGCCGCUGCAUGUGGGAGGGGUUGCCGAGUGAGUGACGUCUCUCCAGAAGUGAAGAGGUGCCCGGUGCGUGUCCAGCUCUGAAUGUGCGCUUCUGUGCAGUUUGGCUGUGACAAAGUCAUAAACCAAGUAACGCUCUGUCCCAGACUCGCCUCAUCCCUGUCCCAGCUCCAGCCCACAACAGGACAUCAAACUCUGGAGUGAGCUCCAGCCUCGGAGGUGUGGAGAGCGAGCACCUCCCCUCUGACACUCUACCACGGUCCAGUGUGGAGACAGGAAAGGUUUUACACCUCAAUAUGAAGAUAAAAACAGCCAGUAAAUGUAGCUAACGGGACACGUCUGCAUACAGAGGCUGCGUUAUACACAAUAACAGAGCGUGUCGUGGGUCAGCUGAUCGGUCCACGCACAUUUUCCCGGCUUUUUUCGACGAUAGAGUUCUGGAUUUUCGUUCAGAAUCAGAAGCAAAAAAAUCUCAAAAUUUUUGUUCGAACUCCGAUUUGUUUGAAUUCCGAGACGUUCGAAAACCGAGGUUUCACUGUAUGUGGAAAUGAUUUGUAUUUAAAAAGAAAGACAAAAAAUGAGAAUUAUAUGAAAAUAUGGAAAAUAAUUUAAACUCACACUAAAAGGGCAUGUGAAUAAUAAAUAAGCAAAAAUCAUUUAAAAAAUAAAUUCUAAAAAGAGAAGAAAGAAAAACAACUUUCUGGAUUUGUGGUUGAAAAUGACACAUCUCGACUUCACUCAUACUCACACGUAUAUUCACAUUGCUGUAGCUCAGUGUUAUUAUCCAGAUAUCAAGAGCAGGACUAAAGAGAGGGAAAAGGAAUGUGUGCUUUCUUGCCUUCCUCCGCCUCCAGCUUCAUGUACAAGCUCCUCAGCCAACUGGCGAGCAGUUUCAUCACUGUACCAAAACUGACUCAUCCGCUGUCAGCGCCAACGGAAUAUGCACAAGAAAGUACAAGAACACGUUGGAAUUAGAUGAAAAACACCAGCUAAUAAUGCUUUUUCUUCACUUUAGGCUUGAAUGCUACAAAGUGCUGAACUGUGGAGUAUCUAAAGCCUUGACUCACCCUGUAAUAAAUAGCAUUUGAUCAGGGAGAGCACUCCAUCUACAGAAACAUACACAUUGAAGCUUGCCAGCUAUUAGACUACAUGAGAUGAGAUGGCCUUUAUCAGUCCCAUGAUCCUCCUCGACACCUAUGGCAGGACGGUGCUCACCCAGUCCUCCUCAACAGCUCCCACAGCGAAUGAGUCCUUGGGCUGCUGCUGCUGCUCUGGACCUCGGCCGCUCUCACUGUAGAACUGCUGCAGAGCGGCCAGGGUGUGCGCCGAGAGUCUGGGGACGUCAUCGUCGUCACUGUCGCUCAUGUCUGAGCAAGGAAUGGUCACCACGCACGUGUUUACAGGAGACGUGCUUCUUUUGCCUCAACAUCUGAGGCUGGACUGCCUUCGCACUGCAACAGAUACAUGGAGGUUACAGUAGGAUUCACAUAACAGCGUGGUACUUUCUGGCGUAUAACUCUCUCAAAUGCAGACAGGACUAUGAGACAGCCAUCUGUAUCGAGUCAUAGUCACUCAGAGAGUCAAGUCGGAAAUGCACGGAAAUACAGAAACUAUUAGGUGUUUGGGGGGCAAAUGGUUUUAAAUCAGCGCAAUGGCUAGUGACGUUAAACACAACCCCUGACGCACGUCAAAGCAGCAUUAAACACAGAAAUACUGUGUACUUGGCGGUCGCUGUCAAACGCAUUCAAAACAAAACAAUAAAGGUGAUUGUAGCACAGUAGUUUUGUAGCAGUGUUUUAAUCGGACACACGCUGGUUAAAUAAGCGCUGCCGCCAUUUCUUUCAUUUCUGCGAAACCAGAAGACUGACUCGAAUUAAAACAACACUACGAGAAAACAAAUAGUAUAAUGCAUAAAACAAGUGAGCGAACCCUUCCUUCGCCGCUUAUCCUCCCCGUGUUGUCGACAUGUGUGGCGUCGCCGGUUGAUGACGUAAUACACGUCACUGGACGCGUACAAUAUGAAUGAAAAAGAAAAUCACUUUCCA